GCUCGGUCCCAGGCUUCAGUCCUGAUGCAGAUCUGCCACAGUGGAGUUGGUCGCGCGCAGAACAGGAGCAGAGGUGUUACGCACGAGUCCAUCUCGAGACUAUAAACCUAUGAUAAACUCUUGUUAAGGAAGGGAUUCUGUUCUCAUGGUGGGUCCUUCAUCUGCCCGUCGAAGAGCGCGGUGAAGUGCUGGCUGUUUUAAUGUCACCUCCAAGCACAAUGGAUUACGGACGGACCAUGGCCCCUCCGGUACCCCCCCACAACCCCAACCAGAGCCGGCCAGGGGGGGAGCGGCUGCUGAAGUGCGUCCUGCUCGGAGACGGAGCUGUGGGCAAAACCAGUCUGGUGGUCAGCUACACAACGAAUGGCUACCCAACCAGAUACGUCCCUACUGCAUUUGAUGACUUCUCAGCUGUGGUACAGGUGGAUGGAAACCCAGUGAGACUACAGUUAUGUGACACUGCAGGACAGGAUGAGUUUGACAAACUCCGCCACUUCUGCUACAGCCGGACUGACGCCCUGCUGCUCUGCUUCAGUGUGGUCAGCCCGGCGUCCUUUCAAAACGUCUGGGAGAAGUGGGUCCCCGAAAUACGGCGCCGCUGCCCCCUCACACCCGUUCUUCUCGUCGGCACACAGUGCGACCUGCGGCAGGACGUCAAAGUGCUGAUCGAGCUGUCCAGGCGGAGGGAGAUGCCCGUGCUGGAGGAAGACGCCAGGGCACUGUCGGAAAAAAUUGGGGCUGUAACGUACAUUGAGUGCUCAGCGCUGACACAAAAGAAUCUGAAGGAGGUGUUUGAUGCGGCCAUCGCUGUCGGGCUGAGGCAGUCUGACAGGAGAGUGAGGAGGGAGAGGAAGGUCCGCAGCACGGCCGAUAAGAUGAAGAUGCUCUCCAAGUCCUGGUGGAAGAAGUAUGUCUGUGUCCAGUAGGGAGACGCUUCCUGUGACUCAUGAUAAAGCUGCUGACUUAUUGGAGGGGACUGAGAUUGAUGCAAGGACUUUUUUUAUGUUCACCUGGACGUCUUCACAGCUUGUUGGUGGAUUGACUUUUAUUCAAUGGAGCAAUAGCUCAACAGAGAGCUGUAGAGUCGUUGUAGGAAACAUCCUUUUGUUGAUGCCUAAAAGACAGAUGGCUGUCUGCUACCUAGAGCCCGUCUGAACUGUUAAAUAUGACUGUGACCAGCAUUCAACCAAAAAUAAUGGAGCUAAUAAAGUUUUAUGGCACAUGAACUCUAUAUCCUACUGGACGUGUCCAAAGGAAAUGUGAGCUGACUUGGAGGGGAGGUGUCCAGACAGUGAUGUUAUGUACUAAAAGUAUACUCCUCGUAUGAGUCUGAUUCGAUGCCCAAACGAUGAUAUAAUGAUAUAAUUGUCUAUGUUCUACACUGUAAUGCAUCCCCUAACACAUGAUUUAUUUCACUGAACUCAGAACAUGAAGUUAAUGUAAACUAGCUUCAAUCCCAAAUCAAAGAUUCCAUAAUUAUACUGUUGAGAGCCAAAGCCACUCCAGCCCCUUGCUUCCUAAAUUAAGGAGCAACUUCAGUUUGUGAGUCACAUGUGUAACUGAUCCUGUUUAUUUUUACUCAUUUUCUUUUGGAUUACAACCAAAUUGUAAAUUAGUAUAAAUUACUUUUGAAUCUAUGAGUUUCUUUGGGAUUGUUGCAGUCCAGUUCAGUAUAAACUACAAGUUAAUGUAGGGAUUUCUCUUCACCAGCUUGUGUCUGUGCCACAUUUUGAAUUGUUACUAAAGCAGUCACACUGUUAGUCGACAACACGGUUAGACGCUCUACACCUAAUCAUGUCUGAUACAGUAGAUUCAAGCACCAAACAGUACGAAUAAACCCAAUAUAUAUUGAUUUAUGCAAUAACACCUGUAGUGCUAAAAUAAAAAAGUGUGUUAGUUUUUAUAACUUUACCGUUACAAGUUUGCAGCAAUAAGUUGGGUGGUGCCACUGUACAUUGCACUUAUAAAACACAGUCCAAACACAUCACUGAAGUCUCGCCAUGCAAUGGCCUGUGGAGCAGUGGUGUACAUUAGACAUAGAGCAGCACGUGCACAUGUGGUGCUUGAGAUGUAGGAUUACAGUGUCACUGAAACAGUGGCUGAUCUGCAUUUUCCCUGCACUACCCACCAGUUUGGAUGAUCACAGGGUCUUUCUUUGUCAUUGCAGUCAGGGCCUUAAACAGAUAAUUAUAAUUCUUUCUCAGCCAGCAUAUUGGAGCUCUCUACUCUUUUGAAAUUAUACAGUAAAUGAGGUGAAAUCACCAAAGAGACUGAUUAUAUGUUUGCUUCUUAUUUUUCAGAAGCCUGUCAUUCAGCUCUGUCUAUUUAUCUGUUCCUUCUGGGCCAAUAACUGAUCAGCAGAUGUUUGAAAUAUUGUAUAUCAUUAUGUAUGUUACAUAGUACUCAUUUAUGAUGUUUGUAAUGUCAUCAGGAUAAAUCUGUGUGUACAUAAGUGAGUCAGUCACGGCUGUGCUGUCCUAAUGGUACUUAACAGAAUGAGUGUUCAGUUGAUGUCUGAAUUUUGGCAUGAGAGCAGUUUGUUGAGCUGUAUGAGCAGAACAAAAUAAAAUGUGAAAUAUUUAAACUGUU